CCAUGCAUUUAUUCCAAAACUGUAACUCUCCUCACCGCCAAAACACCGAGAGAGCUCUCCUCUCUCUCGCUUUGCUUCAGUCGUCUUCUUCCUCUCUCCACCCAAUUGCGUCUUCUGCACACCAAUUCGCUUCCAGAAACGAAGCCCCAAUUUGAGAUUUUCACUUGCCGUUGCAUAUGGAGGCUUCAGAAGCACAGUAUGCUGAAUUUGAGGAGAAGGUCAAAAGAACUGUUUACCUUGACAACCUCUCACCACAGGUCAAUGAAUCGAUUGUGAAACAAGCUCUGGAUCAGUUUGGGAAUGUGAAAAGUGUUCAAUUUAUUCCAAAUUACGUGGAAUCAAAGAACGUCCCACAGUGUGCAUUGAUUGAGAUGGAGAACCCAACAGAGGUCAAUGCCAUUGUCUCAGAUAUAGCGCAGAAGCCUUUCAUGAUUGGGGGGAUGCCGAGGCCUGUGAGGGCACGCAAGGCUAAAAUGGAGAUGUUUGACGAUCGCCCUGUAAAGCCCGGUAGAACAAUACAGUUUCGUUGGUUGGAGCCAAAUGAUCCUGAUUUUGAGGUGGCAAAGAAACUGAAGGAGCUUGCUAAAAUUCAUGCUGUGGAAGCUGAAUAUGUACUCAAGAAACAACUGGAGGAUGAAGAGAAACUUGAAAAACAGCAUCAAGAAUCCCUCAAAGCAACACAUAAGAAGUAUAAAAUGAUAGAUAGUGUGAUAGCUGAUGGAACUACUAGGCAAUUGGCCCGCGGUUAUCGUCUUCGGGUUGCAGAUGACUGAAUUUGAGUGUAUUGAUGUAGUAUCUGAAAAUUGUCUCCAUUUCAGUCUGGUACCUUGGUUUUGGGUUCUGCAGUUGAAUUAAUUCAGAGACAAUGAUCUUUUGUAUAUGUAGCCUUUAUUCGGCUUUUGUCUUGUCUGAUUCAACCGCUCAUGUACGGUUGAAAGCCUAGCUUUAUAUGUACCAAAGAAAACCCAGCUUUUCCAAACCAUUCUGGUUUACCAGUUAUCAGAAACAAGAACUAAGGAGGCAAUAAUUCU